AUGGCAUCCUUUUCCAAGCCAGCCGUCUCAAUCGAAGCCGCCGCCUCACACAAUGCUCUGAUCCCCAAAGACUCUCUCUCCGCCCCCAAAGGCAAGAAGCGUGUGGUCAAAGAAGGCAAAGCCAACAAGCCUGUCACCAAGGAGCGCCACUCCAAAGUCAACGGCCGUGCCCGUCGUGUCCGCAUGCCAACUGCCUGUGCUGCUCGUGUGUUCCAGCUCACACGAGAAUUAGGGCACAAGACCGACGGCCAGACCAUUGAGUGGCUCCUGCGCCAGGCUGAGCCGGAGAUCAUCAACGCAACUGGCACAGGGACUAAACCUGCAGAGCUUUCGGUCUCUUCCCCCGCGAAACCAGCGUCUGGAGCCUCUGUUGCUGCGCCAUUGGGCGGAUCGGUGGUGAAUCCCGAGAAUUUUGUGCAGGGUGGCAAUGGACUUGGAGUUGCACCAGAAGUGGAGUAUCAGACCGGGGGGUUCAUGUCGUUGUUGAUGGACCCGAUGAUCGAUGAAGAGGAGCUGCAGCAGCAUGAGGAGUAUUUGUUGCAGAUGUAA